CGUUGAUAACUAAUUUAUAUAAAGCCUGUGUGUGCGUGUCAAUUUCACUUUGCUAUCGGUACUAAUGCUCAGAUUUAGUGUAAAUGAUUACUACAUUUUUGUGCAAUAGUAAAAAAAUAUAGUGGAACAAAAUAGUGUCAAAAAUAAUUAUAAAUUGGAGUGAUUAAAAAUGGAUGAAAAUCACAUGGAACCACCUUAUUCGCCCUCUGAAGCGGCGCCAGGGUCACGGGAACCACAAAAACACAAAAACGGUUCACCGUUAGAAUUAAACCCUCCAGAACCUAAACAGGAAGCACCACAUCAACCUGAAAGAGCAGAAUGGGGAAAUCAAAUAGAUUUUCUUAUGUCAUGUAUUGCUACCUCAGUAGGACUCGGUAAUGUGUGGCGGUUUCCUUUCGUGGCUUACCAGAAUGGCGGAGGAGCGUUCCUUAUACCCUAUAUUAUUGUCCUAUUACUAAUAGGCAAACCUAUGUACUAUCUGGAAUGUGUAAUUGGACAGUUCAGUACGAAAAACUCGGUUAAAGUAUGGUCUCUAUCACCUGCCAUGAAAGGCACCGGCUACGCGCAAGCGAUGGGCUGCGGUUACAUCCUGUCCUACUACGUGUCUAUUGUGGGGCUCUGUCUGUACUACCUGGCGAUGAGCUUCCAAUCCACCUUGCCAUGGGCCACGUGUGACCCCAGCUGGACGGACGUCAUCUGCGUGCCCUCCGCCCCCAACGACAAUCAGCCUUUAGUUGAGAAUGCCACGAGUAGCGCGGAGCUGUAUUUCAUAAGGACCGUGCUUCAGCAAAGUGAUGGUAUCGAAGGAGGACUAGGAGCCCCAAUUUGGUAUCUGACUCUGUGCCUGUUCGGAUCGUGGGCGGUGAUCUUCCUGAUAGUGGCGCGCGGGGUCAAGAGCUCGGGCAAAGCUUCCUACUUCCUCGCUCUCUUCCCUUACGUUGUUAUGAUCAUUCUUCUCAUCAGCACUUUGUUAUUGGAUGGGUCCGGAGAUGGCGUUUUAUUCUUUUUAACGCCGCAAUGGGGAAAACUUGUGGAAUUAGAUGUGUGGUAUGCGGCUGUUACGCAAGUCUUCUUUUCGCUGUCCGUGUGCACGGGAGCAAUUAUCAUGUUCUCGUCUUACAAUAAGUUCGAACACAACAUUUACAGAGACGCGAUGAUCGUGACGACUCUGGACACGUUCACGAGCCUGCUGUCGGGGAUCACCAUCUUCGGCAUCCUCGGGAACCUCGCCAAGGAGCUCGGCCAGGAGGUCGGCGACGUCAUCGGCUCGGGCGGCACCGGGCUCGCUUUCAUCUCCUACCCCGACGCCAUCGCCAAGACCUUCCAGCCUCAGUUGUUCUCUGUGCUGUUCUUCCUGAUGAUGUCAGUGCUGGGCGUGGGGUCGGCGGUGGCGCUGCUGUCCACCAUCAACACCGUCAUGAUGGACAGCUUCCCAAGGAUCAAGACAAUCUACAUGUCCGCCAUCUGCUGCACCUCAGGCUUCUUGAUUGGACUCGUUUACGUCACUCCUGGUGGCCAAUACAUAUUGGAGAUUGUUGACUACUAUGGUGGCACUUUCCUAGUCCUGUUUACCGCCAUCUCCGAAAUAGUUGGAGUCUUCUGGAUAUACGGAUUGGAGAACCUGUGCCUGGACAUCGAGUUCAUGAUGGGCGUGAAGACGUCGUUCUACUGGCGCUUAUGCUGGGGCCUGAUCACGCCCGCCAUGAUGAUCGUUGUGUUCGUGUACGCGCUCAUCAGCUUCGAGGCGCUCGUCUUCGGAGAAGACUACGUCUACCCCACCGCGGGUUACGCAUCCGGCUACCUGAUGCUAUUCGCUGGUAUUGCACUGGUACCCUUAUUUAUAAUAACUACGAUGUGGAGAAAUAAAACCGGCAACUUCAGUCAGACGGUGAAGAAAUCCUUCAGCCCAAAAGCAAGUUGGGGUCCGAAAGAUCCUGAAACCAAAAUCCGAUGGAUAGCGUUCAAGGAGAAUGCAAAAAUGCUUAGAAAACAAAUCUAUUUAUCAAAAAUAAAACACAUUUGGUACAGUCUCACCGGCCUUUACAGGAGAGGAGUUUACGCUAACACUAAUGUAAAUUUUGUAAAUAACAACUAGAGCUUAUUUUUAUCAAUCGAAACAUUGUAUUGUAAUGUAGAGCACCUACAUAUUUAUACAAAACGACGACUAAGCUUUUAUUAGUAUUCAUAUUUCUGUGAUAGUGAACAGUCAACAAGCGCAAUAAGUUACGAAGGUAUGUUUUCUAUUAGUUUGUAAUCAAAAAUUAAUUAUAUAAAUCCAAUCUCUUCCAUAGUUAAAUUUAUUCAAUAAUGUGAAUGUGAUGCUGGCGACCUGACGGACGACGGACCGACUAGUAGAAAAAAAUAUCCUCAUUGGAAGAAGCUGCUAUGAAACGAAUGUUUAAAAAAUCUUCGUUGUUGAACUGCAUGUAUAAGACAAUAUGAGUAAACAAAAAUUUUCGGAUAGGGAUCCGAACUAUUAACCGAUUAUUGUUCAGUUGUCAUGAAUUUAUCUGAAGGGUCAGAUAAAUUCAUGACAACUGAACAAUAUUGGCACUUUAGGUAGGUGCCAAUAUUGUUCAUGAUCCCAAAUUCUUUAAAAUAUCAUUCUAUUUAAUAUCACUUUUAUAAAACAGAAAAGAAAACAAACACAGAAAGAAAAUUUUAAAAUGAUACCUAACUGUACAAGUGCGAGUCGGAUCAAGCGCAAUGUUAGAUAGUUAAAACUAAUGGGAACCAUACAUUUUAACUGUCCUAAAAACGAUGGUAGGUACCAUUAUAAAUAUUAUAGUAAGUUAGAUUUCUUGUCAACAUACUAUGUACAUGUACAUAAUUUUAAAAAUUACGAGAGAUUUAUGUAGUAUGUAAGUAUUAUUUAUUAUAAACGAAAUACUUUUGUACUUAAUAUGCCAAAAUAAAAAGUUACAAAAUA